AUGUCGCUUCCACCUGGAUUUCAUAUCGCCACCGACACUACGGACGAGCUCAAGGCCGCAUUCAAGGCCGCCGGCGGUGGUAUGCUGCCUGAGCCCACUGAUGAGGAGUGGCAAGCACUGCUAGAGUGGAGCCAGCCUGGCACGAAGCCUCCUCCCAAGGCUGUUUCGUACGCAGUAAGAUGCUAUCGCCGAGAGGGCAGCCGUCCGAGAACCUUGCCUCGCGCUAGGAUCCUCCGAAUCUGCAACGAGCUUCUCGGCAUGGACCUAGCUGGAUGCUACAGUGUGUUUCGACGUGGUGGACAGAAGAUUUGGCAAGUCGACAAGCUGGCCGAAUAUAUUGGAAAGGAAUACGGCAUCCGGUCAGGCCGUAUCGAUAUCGCAAACCCCAAAGCCCGCAGGGCAAACAAUUCCUGGGCUCGCGUGCUCGGGCUCCUCUCUGCCGAGCUCUUGAUUGCAAAGAUCCUCGGCACAACCAUCGGAGCCAUUGAUAGAGGCUACGAGCUUCCUUGGGACACUAUCAACCCUUGUAAUGCAGUUCUCAACCGGACAUCCAUCAGAGACGAGAUUUCUGUGUUCCUGAGCUCAUCUCCCAAUCUCUCGGGGGUGAGCGCUGGCCUGGAUGGAGACGGUGCGUCUGAUAAUGGCUCGGGACGAGACGAUUCGGACGACCAUAGCGGCUCACUCGCUGAGAGAGAGCCAAAAAGGCCUCGUCUUGCCACGGCAACCCCACCGCCUACAAGCCCCGAGGUCAUCGCCAGCCAACCCGGUAAUGCCAGUCAGCCAACCCCACCGCCCGCGAACCCCGAGGUCAUCGCUAGCCAGCCCGACAAUACCGCUCAACCGAACAGCGAUCAGCGCAGCGAGAGACCCGCCCUUACUGACGGCCAACAGCCCAAGCCGGCAGAUCCGCAGCUCUCGAGACCAUCUCCCAAAAACAUGCUUUCGAAAGCCCGAGAGCUGGUCAAUGAUUUGGACGACUACCACGAGAAGCUGGCAUCGGCCCAAAACGAGGUAGAAGCCCUCCGAGCCGAGCUGGCGCUCAAAGACAAGCAACUCGAAGCGUGCGAUCAGGAGGGAUACGCGCGCUGGAAGAAGGCAAACAGCUUGUGCGAGGAGCUGGAUGCCGAGAGCGAGCGGAUGAAGAACGAGCUGGAUCGGGUCCUGGUGGAAUACCAGGAGAGGAAUGAUAAGCUGGCCGCGAAAAUCUGCCUCGCCCUCGGGGGCCACGGUGCUAUUCUGCCUGCCUUCAAGGAUCGGGCGAGCGUCAAGCGGGAGGGGAUGUAG